CACCGGCCCCGACUUCACGGUGCAACCGACGGCGGAUAAACCGAGCGGCAACACCCGAGGAGAACGACACCCCCUCGGUCUGCCCCGUGCGUCACCGCGGCAGACAAGCGGAGGGAGAGGGCGCAGCUCGAACAGCGGACUACGGGGUUUUAGUGCGGCGUGGCGCAACACGCCAUGAUCGCCGGGGCAGGAGACGACGUUGUCUGCGAUUUGGAUCAAGAUGAGCAGCGGCAGUAAAAGAGAGAGGGAGCAGAAGAGGAAACUGCAGCACUUUCUGAGCGACCUGGCCCUGCUUGGAUCGUUACAGGGCUUUAAAUACUUCCAGCCUUGGCUCAGAGGGAAAGAGGAGCUGCUGCUGACAGUCGUCAACGAGGAUCUGGGUUGGCGUUCCCCGGGCUUUGUGGUGUCCAGAGCCUCCUCCUACUCCUCCACCAGCAGCUGUAACAGCAGUGAUGUCUCCCCCAGCAGCAGCUCCCCCAGCCUGGCCAGUCGCGGCAGCUCUCCCCUGCCUGGGGAACCGCCGGGCCAACGAGACCCCCGGCCGCAAACGCACGCCAAGGCGCAGCCGCAGACCGCCAGGGACCCCAGCAGUGAGGAGCAUCUUCUCCCAGCAUCUCCCAGUGAAAGAGAGAUAGCAGUACCUGAGGUGAACUGCACUCUUUUCUUAUUGGCUGGCUACGUCAAGUACGGGCGCCCCUACGCCUGGAUACGCUCCAAUCACGAGCGCCUGGUUAACAUUGGAGGCACCGAUUCGAUGGUCAGGGACACACCCAUGAAACUCAAGUCCAUCGCAGACUGGCAGACACGAGGCAUUCGUGUGUGGGACAUCGUCAGUGAGCUGGUGUGCCUGUGCACCGUUCCCUCUCCCUCAAACCCCUUCGCCCUGGACACGCGUUACAUCAAAAGUCUUCCCCUCCCUGACCGGUUCCUCGUCACAGGCGCUCUCCUCAACUUCCUGGAGAUGUAUGUGGUGUACGGGAACCGGGACGAGCUGCACUAUGACAAAGUUGUAGAGGAGGUGAAGCCGCUGAGGCGUCUCCAUGUCCAGUCCCUGCUGGAGCUACAGCAACGCAGGGAGACCUCCAGGCUGAGCGGCGGCCCGAAAGUGCAGGACUCUUCUGGAGAUGAGUGACCAGAACUGUUCGUAUGUGAUCCACAUCAAGAUGAGAUAUCCUCGGUGCACUGUCAUUAACUUCUUGCAGGAAAACAGAGACAGAAAAUAGUUUCAAAAUGUGUGAAAUCUCCCCAGAAGGACUGUCUGUUGUUGAACUGUUUUAUUUUAUUUAUUAUUUUUUGGUACUUUGGUGUUUAAUGAAUCCAUUUGCAAAGGUAUCUA